GUAUGUGUUCCUUAUUAACUUGCUUGAUAUUGUCCGAGUCCGAGGACUGCGGGGGUUAGUUCGAAGACGAUGUUUUCCAUUUCUUACCAACCGUGUUGAAAUUAGCUAUAAUCUUGGCCCGGGAAUCUGAGAUUAUGGUUCGUAAAACCUAUAAUCUAUUUACGAUAAACAUUUAUAGUGGAUUAUUCAAACAACUUUUUUCAGACAGUGUUACAGAGGCACAGAACGAUAACAACAUUGAGCCUAAGGUUGGCGACCUUAAUAUUGCGGCACAGAACGAUAAUAACAUUAACACUAGGAUAAUCUGCUCGAGACAGGCAUUGUUUGGCUCUUAUGAAGGCGUCGGCCAGCAGUAACUCGUACCAGAGGCGUCAUUAACACCCGCAAAGCUGUCUUAACUUUUGAUUUCAAAGAUGCGACGGCAGAAUUCAAGAUCCGUCAGUCGCGAACAGCUGUGGAUUAGCAGUGACGCCAGUGUAUAAUAAUGAAGCCUUGCACACUCCUGCUGAAGAAUGUGCAUAGCUGGAGACUAUUGUUAUUUGCCUGCUGCUGCAGAGGUCCUCCUCUGUGUUUCAUCUCUCUCUCUCUUGGUGUGUAAGGACACGGGAGUUGGUUGAGGACCAUUUAGGUUCGUGGGUGAACAUAGUAAUGCUAGUCAGUUGUGUGCUAGUCAGUUGUGUGCUAGUCAGUUGUGUGCUAGUCAGUUGUGUGUGAAGGUCUUUAAGAGACUUGAUUGUGGCACAUUCUAAUGAUGUGUGGGAUUGUUUUACCGACAUAUUGAUAGGAGUUGAAGAUUUCAACAAAGUGUGUAAUUGUCCAAGGAUUUAAAUGCGGCGCCUGUUGGCUGCAACUUUGUGGCUCAAGAGCUUGAAUGGAAUGCUUAAUCAUACAUUACGAUAUAAAAACCUAUGUUUUUUAACAGUAUGAAAAUUUCCAUUGACUAAAAUAGUGUCUAAUAGCUCUAUAUUGAUUUUGGAUGUUGAAUGUUGCCUGUUAAGUACGAUAAAAAUCAAGGAUGUUUAGCACGUAUUUUCAAAGUGUUGAAGCCGCUGGUUUGCUUUCACAAUAACGUGGGAAGCAGCCAGGAGCUUCGUGCAAUAUUUCAAUACGCUCGAAAGUAAGCCAUUUGUUGUUUAGUUACUGUCGAGCUGAAGUCUUCGGCAGAAGUAGGAUCUGUAACAUUUCCUGCAAAUUCCAAAAGACAAUCCUCUUCAACAAUAGUUUCUCAUAUAGCAACGUAACCUAAACAGCAGUCUACAAAAGAGAUUUGGCCUAAAAUGCUGUUUUGAAUUAGAUGGGCACUCGUAUCAUCAAUUUUGAACCUUAUUGCCUUAAUGGCUGAGGUAAUUAGAUACUGCAUUAAUAUGUAUGCUUGGUUAUCGUCAGUCAUAAGUCUGAUAUAGUUUUAAAUUUAUUAUUAAAUGUCUCUACGUGAAUCUUGCAAACGUAAUUACAUUUCCCAAACAAGCAACACAAUUAAGAGUGCCAGGUUGUUUGGGCGUCCACAAAGCUGCCCACAAAGUUGUAGGCCAACUUUUCCGUUAGCGCCUAAUAUAUGUAGUGAGGCAACAAGGCUCUCGAAAAGAAUCUCGGGAGUGUUAAAUUCGAGAAUUCAUUUUAACUUCUUUUCAUUGCUUCAUUUUGCAUACUAAGCCGACUAUUUUGCAUUCAAAACCGAAAAUUUGACAUACAUUGCUAAGAAUUUUGCAUUCAAAGCCGAGAAUUUUGCGGAGAAAACCAAGCAUCUUCCGUACGUAAACGAACAUUGACCGUACAGAUGGUUGUUCACAUCUGAACAACACAGAAAUAUUAGGCCCAUCUGUAAAUCAUAACAGAAAGAUACCCCCUGGAUACUUUUUUUUCCUCACAUGCAAUUGCUUAAAGAAAUAACCAAAAAGGGAGAACGUUCCACUGUAAACAUUAUGAAAUGUAUGUCGUGUGUUUGGCUUUUUUGUCGCUGAAGCCGGGUCGAUGGUAUCUGUCUUUGCAGAGUCGCACGUGGACGUUGGUAUAACGAUGCAUAUUCUCAGUAUUAGCUCGCUCUCUGAAGUGCAAAUGGACUUUACUCUCGACUUUUAUUUUCGCCAACACUGGACCGACCCUCGGCUGUCCUUCCCCGAUCGUGGGGGUUUGGACGAACUCACAGUGGGCUCGGAGUAUCUGCAGAAAAUUUGGGUUCCAGACACCUUUUUUGCCAAUGAGAAGAAGUCCUAUUUUCACACGGCCACCACCUCUAAUGAGAUGCUCAGAAUCACCAACCAGGGCAAAGUGUUGCGGAGUAUCAGACUGACCAUCACUGCCUCCUGCCCGAUGAACCUCCAGUAUUUUCCAAUGGACCGACAGCUCUGCAUCAUCGAAAUUGAAAGUUGUAAGUAAUAGACUUUAGCUGUAUUGUCUUGAUGGGUCUUAUGGG